UUUCACUUGAUAGCAAUGAAAUCCCACGUGAAUCCCAUGGGAUUUCAUUGUCAUUAUGUGAACUUUGAUGUGCAUUUGUAAUACUAAUAUGCAUUACAUACUCACAACUUCAUAUGGGCCAGUCAGUGUCUUCUUAAUAUGUUUUACUACUACUAGUGAUAAACUGACCUUUGACCCACUUAUUAAUACAUAAACAGAGCUCACAUAGGCUGCACCUCACUGUUGCUUACUGACUAACCAUCAUUUAUUCAACAAAAUGCAAUGGCUAAUAAUGCAGAUUUUUUUAUCCAUCCUGCUUUUCUCAUAUGGAAAUACGCUCCCAGCACCUUGUGACAGUCAGAUCUACUGCACAGGAGAAGUCCUGAGACAAGUGCAAAUGGCUAAACUGUUUGAUGAUGACAAGUAUUUUGUAGAUAUGAAGCUGACUGCAGCUCCUGACGUCGUUGUGGAGGCUUUUGCUAAUCUGACCUCAGAGUUCCCAAACAGGACCGUCUCUUCGUCAGAUUUAAUGAAGUUCCUGAAUAUAUACUUUGAAGAGCCGGGUAAGGAGUUUGAGAUGUGGACUCCUACAGACUGGCAUUCUAACCCAAAUAUCUUGUCCAGAAUUUCUGACCCACAAUAUCGCAGCUGGGCUGAAGAACUGCAUGGUUUGUGGAAAUCGUUAGGUCGAAAGAUCCGUGAUGAUGUCAGAGACCACCCUGAGCUGUACUCACAGAUUUACACCCCGCAUCCCGUUGUUGUGCCAGGUGGACGCUUCAGGGAACUCUAUUACUGGGACUCAUAUUGGGUAAUAAAUGGUCUCCUUUUGUCUGAGAUGACUGAAACAGCUCGAGGAAUGAUCCUAAACUUCAUGCACCUGGUGGAAAAGUACGGCUUUGUCCCAAAUGGAGGCCGAAUUUAUUAUGCGCGGCGGAGUCAGCCUCCGUUCCUUCCCCUAAUGGUGGAAAGCUUCUAUGAGGUCACCAGAGACAAAGACUUCCUCAGGCAGGUUUUGCCAGCACUAGAAAAGGAGUACAGCUUUUGGAUGCAGAAUCGCUCUCUUGCUGUGGAGUUAAGUGGAGUGACACAUAUCCUGAAUCAUUACAAUGUACAGGCAGGCGGGCCCAGACCUGAGUCCUACAGUGAUGAUGUAGAGCUGGCUAAAGACUUGUCGACAGAUGCUCAGGAGAAACUGUGGAUAGAAUUGAAAACCGGAGCGGAAUCAGGCUGGGAUUUCUCUUCUCGUUGGUAUAUUGACAGCAAGGGUCUAAACAAUGGCACCCUGCGUGACACACAGACCAGCUCCAUCCUGCCUGUUGAUCUCAAUGCCAUUAUGUGCCGCAAUGAGCAGCUAUUAGAGUCCUUCAACAGGAUUCUGGGUAAUGAGCAGCAGGCAGUGGAAUAUGAGCAGGCACUUUCUGCUAGAAUUAAGGCAGUUGAAAGUUUACUGUGGGACACAGAGAAAGGAGCCUGGUUUGAUUUCAGCCUAGUAACCAAGACUCGACACUUAGCCUUCUACCCAUCUAACCUGGCACCUAUUUGGGCACACUGUUAAUCUAGACCUGGGAUGGCUGAUCAGGCUGUACAAUAUCUGAGGGAUAGUGGAAGUUUGGACUCUCCUAACGGGAUUCCCACCUCUCUGAGUGAGAGUGGGCAGCAGUGGGACAUGCCCAAUGCCUGGCCUCCUCUUCAACACAUGAUUAUACAGGGGCUCUCGGGGCUCGAUUCAGCCCACGCUAAAGAGCUCGCCUUCGAUCUGGCCCAACGGUGGAUUCAGACCAACUGGCGGGCGUACACCAUAUACGAGGCCAUGUUUGAGAAGUAUGAUGUCAACGGUGAUGGAAAGCCUGGAGGAGGUGGCGAGUAUGAAGUUCAGUUGGGAUUUGGAUGGACCAAUGGUGUCGCUCUGCAGCUGCUGAACCAGUACGGUGAUAGGCUGAGCUCUGGAGGGUGUGUCCUGAACGCUAGUGUUCUGAUUGGACUCGUCUAUACCAUCUUGAAAACUCUGCUCUGAUCCUGAGCAACAGUGUCAGGAAGCUGAAUCAGAGAUAACCCGAGAAAAACCCACAUCAGAAUUUGACAGUCAAAGCAGGAAUGAUUGAAUCAGUGUCUUUCUUGCUUACUUCUCUUUGUCUCCUUGUCUUUUAUGAUUACUUCAUUCUGUACUAGUUGGUGUAAGUAAGGUGGUUAGGAAUACUAAGAAUAUAAGAACUAAGUGUUUGAAUCUGUUGAAACCUGUCAAGAACAUG